GUCAUGUGAUUUCCUGUAACUGCAGAGCGGAAGUGAAAGUGUUCAGACUCGUUCUAACUACAAGGAGCAGACGGAGGAGACGUGAAGUCUGAGGCUGCAGUGGUCACCAACCAGUGGAGAGUCUUCACUGUGGAUCCCAGUAAAGCUCUGGACUCACUGGCUGAGGUAUAAACAUUGAAACUGGUGAGAAAGAUCAUUUCACUGAGUUCUGCUGUAAACUGAGUUCAGAACCAGAAGGAAAUAGACCAGACCUUGAAUAUCUAGAAGAGCAGCGCUGUCUGAACCACAACUGAGCCGCAGUCGGCCCGGUGCAACAUGGGGGCGGACAAUUCAAAGCAAGUUGGACCCUCACACACAAAAGGUCAGGACCAGAGACUGAGAGCAGAGUCUCCAGGGUCCAGCUGUCUGUCUCUGAAGAGUGACUGGUCCAAACAUCUUUCUAUUAACUUCAGUAAUGAACCUGGACCCUCACACACAGAGGAGAGGAAGAGGAGUCAUGUUCCUGAGGAGGAGCAGUCGUCCUGCUGUGCUUCGUGUCAGGACGUCCUGAAGGAUCCAGUCUCCACCAGCUGUGGACACUGGUUCUGCAGACAGUGCAUCACCUCAUACUGGGACCAGUCUGGUUCUUCAGGAGACUCCUCCUGUCCCCAGUGUGGACAAAGAUCCAGAACAGGAGCUGGAGCUCAGCCAGCCGGUCAGAGCAGCACUGUACAUGUGUCUGCUGAUGUCUUCACUUCUGACAUCAGCACAUGUGGUUUUAUUUUGUUCCUUCAUACAGCAUCAAAAUUUAACAUCGUUAUAAAAGCACAAAGUUAACAAGCUUUUAUUUUCUGUAGUUUUUCUGUAUCUGAUGAAAACAAUCAGCAGAUUCUCAGAUUCUCUGUCUCUGACAAUGUUUCUUGUCUUUCAGCAGAUCGUGGUCUGCAGGAGGUUUCAGAUGAACAUAAGCUCAGUCUGAGGAGCAGAUGUGAACAUGUGACUGAAGGCAGUGAUGAAACAGGAAGUAGAACCCUCCUCAACAGGAUCUACACUGAGCUCUACAUCACAGAGGGACAGAGUGAAGAGGUUAAUACUCAACAUGAGGUGAGGCAGCUUGAGACGGCUUCCAAGAUGAAGAUCCUCCACGACACUCCCAUCAGGUGCCACGACAUCUUUAAAGCCUCCACUGACCAGCAGAGACGCAUCAGAGUCGUCCUGACCAACGGCGUCGCUGGCGUUGGAAAAACCUUCUCGGUGCAGAAGUUCACUCUGGACUGGGCAGAGGGUUUAGAGAACCAGGAUGUGGGUCUCCUGACUGUGCUUUCGUUCAGGGAGCUGAACCUGGUGAAGGACCAGCAGCACAGUCUCCUCACGCUGCUCCGUGUUUUCCAUCCAGCGUUACAGAAGCUCACGGCAGAGACGCUCGCUGUCUGUAAACCUUUGUUCAUCUUUGACGGCCUGGAUGAAAGCAGACCUUCUCUGGACUUCAACCACAGGGAGCUUGUGUCUGAGGUCACACAGAGGUCAUCAGUCAACGUGCUGCUGACAAACCUCAUCCGGGGGAAUCUGCUUCCCUCGGCUCUCGUCUGGAUAACCUCCAGACCUGCGGCGGCCAAUCAGAUCCCUCCUGCAUGUGUUGACAGGGUCACAGAAGUACGAGGCUUCACUGAGGCCCAGAAGGAGGAGUACUUCAGGAGGAGAUUCAGUGAUGAAGAGCUGUGCAGCAGAAUCAUCUCACACAUCAAGACAUCCAGGAGCCUCCACAUCAUGUGUCAAAUCCCAGUCUUCUGCUGGAUCAGUGCUACAGUUCUGGAGCACAUGUUGACCACAGACCAGAGAGGAGAGCUGCCCAAGACCCUGACUGACCUGUACUCACACUUCCUGCUGGUUCAGACAAAGAGGAAGAACAACAAGUACGGUAAGAAGAGGGCUGACAGGGACGUUCUCCUGAAGCUGGGGAGGCUGGCACUUAACCAUCUGGAGGAAGGAAACAUCAUGUUCUACCAAGAAGACCUGGAGCGGUGCGGUCUUAAUGUCACAGAGGCCUCGGUGUACUCAGGAGUUUGUACUGAGAUCUUCAGAAGAGAGUGUGUGAUCUUCCAGAAAUCAGUCUACUGCUUUGUUCAUCUGAGUGUUCAGGAGUUUCUGGCUGCAGUCUACAUGUUCCACUGUUACACCGAGAGGAACACAGAGGAACUCAAAAACUUCUUGGGAACAGAUGAGGACACAGACAGUACCUUCUCCCUGGAUGACCUCCUGAAGAGAACCAUGGAGAAAUCCCUCUGGAGUACAAAUGGUCAUCUGGACCUGUUUGUUCGCUUCCUUCACGGCCUCAGUCUGGAGUCCAACCAGAGGGUCUUAGGAGGCCUGCUGGGUCGGACAGAGAACAAUCCAGAGAUCAUCCAGAGAGUCUUAGGAGGCCUGCUGGGUCGGACAGAGAACAAUCCAGAGAUCAUCCAGAGAAUCAUCAACAACCUGAAGCAGAUGCAGAGUGAUGACAUUUCUCCUGACAGAAGCAUCAACAUCUUCCACUGUCUGACUGAGAUGAACGACCACUCAGUUCAUCAGCAGAUGAAACAGUUCCUGACGUCAGAGAACAGAUCAGAGGAGGAACUCUCUGAGAUCCACUGCUCAGCUCUGGCCUACAUGCUGCAGAUGUCAGAGGAGGUUCUGGAUGAGUUGGACCUGGAGAAGUUCACCACAACAUACCAGGGUCGACAGAGACUGAUCCCAGCUGAGUGA